AUGCAGGCAACGCCAUUUCUGCUCUGCCUGGUACUCUCCGCUGGAACAUUACUCUUCACCAGAGCACAAUCACAAGAUGAUGUCCUUGAUGAGGAGCAGCCUCUUCACUUGACCAACGACGCGUCUUUCUUUCAGCCGCACCUCCAUGACCGACGCCUUGGGCGUCAGCUAAGUGAAGAUUUGGGACUGAGUUCGGCCAGCACGGGGAGUGGUUCCUCCUCCGCCAGCAGCCAGUCCAGCUCUGCCUACGAUGAUGAGGAUGAUGAAGAAGACGAUGACAUCGAGGGCUCCAGCGAGUACUAUGACAGCGAUGAGGAGCAAACCGAGGGUAGCAAUGAGUCAUUGCCACGACAGCUCUCCCAGUCCACCUUUAAACGCAUCUCGGAUACUCUGGGAGCACUGAACCAUGUGGGUCACAUGCUGGUGGACAUAACACGCGGUGGACAGGAUCAGUCCAAGACGGAGGAUGUUAACAAGAGUGAGGACAAAACUGAUAGCUCCUCCAGCUCUACAUUGAGUGUAUCCAGCACCACGGAGGUGGUUCCAUCCUCCACAUCCUCACCUCUUGGAAAGUCUGAAACCCUUCCCGGAGUCUCUGGGAAACUACUGGAUACUCUGCCCAUUACACUAUCCGCCAAUAGUUUGUUGCCAGCUGGCAAGCCAGCUAACUUGAGCGUUAUCCAGGUGGCCACCAAGAGAUUGGAUGAUCAUUCGCCCAUGUUUGUGGAGAACAAGGAGCUCAAGCUGAAGAAAAAGAAAAAGAAGAAUAAGAACAAGCAGAAGGUAAAGAAACCUAAUGAGGAGUUGGUCCAAGGAGCACAGCAAUCCCAGCAGAAAAUCAAGAUUCCCACAACACCGCGAACCACAACCAGCACCACCACAAGCACCACUUUAAGGCCUUUGGAUCAGUUGGCGGUGGCUAGUGAUGAGGCGGGAACCGCCAAGGAUGUGGAGAACUACUGCAAGACGCCGAGUGGAAGGCCAGGACGCUGUGAGGAUCUUAGCAGCUGUCCAGCCCUGCUGCUGAACCUAAGCAGCUUGAGGGAAUCGCUGUGCUUCAAGAGUCUCUUUGUUCCUGGAGUAUGCUGUCCUUUGUCCUCAACCGCUGCAUCAUCUGAGAGCUCUACUGUGUUGACCACUCAAAGACCUCUGAAGUUGACCACAAGACCACCUCCAAGUACAACGACUACAAAGGCCUCUCAGUCCACCAAAAGGACAACACUGCGACCUACAACCAGACCCACCUCGGGUCUAGUGCUCAUUCCCCAGAAGAAGCCACCAACGACAACGACGACCACGACGACAGAGGUGCCGCUGGAGCCGGAGGGUCUGGAUGAGAUUGGAAACAAUAUUGUGGAUCCCGAUGAGUGUGGUCAGCAGGAGUAUUCCACGGGUCGAAUUGUGGGCGGAGUGGAGGCACCCAAUGGCCAGUGGCCUUGGAUGGCUGCCAUUUUCUUACACGGACCAAAGCGUACAGAGUUCUGGUGUGGCGGCUCCCUGAUUGGAACCAAGUAUAUCCUCACAGCUGCUCAUUGCACCCGCGAUUCUCGCCAGAAACCAUUCGCUGCCCGACAGUUUACAGUGCGACUGGGUGACAUUGAUCUGUCCACGGAUGCGGAACCCUCUGAUCCGGUGACCUUUGCCGUUAAGGAAGUGCGCACUCAUGAACGUUUCUCCCGAAUUGGCUUUUACAACGACAUUGCCAUCUUGGUGCUGGACAAGCCGGUGAGAAAAUCCAAAUAUGUGAUUCCUGUGUGCCUGCCAAAGGGUCUCCGUAUGCCGCCCAAGGAGCGUCUGCCAGGACGCAGGGCCACCGUUGUGGGCUGGGGCACCACUUACUAUGGUGGCAAGGAGUCCACCAGUCAGAGGCAGGCGGAGCUGCCCAUCUGGCGGAAUGAGGACUGUGAUCGCAGCUACUUCCAGCCCAUCAAUGAGAACUUUAUCUGUGCAGGAUAUUCGGAUGGCGGAGUGGAUGCCUGUCAGGGCGACUCUGGUGGUCCCCUGAUGAUGCGAUAUGACUCCCACUGGGUCCAACUGGGAGUGGUUUCCUUUGGCAACAAGUGUGGGGAGCCAGGGUAUCCUGGUGUCUAUACUCGCGUUACUGAAUAUCUGGACUGGAUACGGGAUCAUACGAGGGAUUGA